UGCCCGGUCGGUCCGUUAGCCAGCUAUACUCACGAUGCAGGUGUCCUGGGCGCUGGUGGUCGUGACGGUGCACUUGGCGACCGCGCAGCACUCGCACAAAUACUUCCGUUUUCCAGUGUCACCAGCACACGAGAACGAGUGCCAUGACCCGAUGGUCGAUAAGUAUUUCGCAGUUGGCGAGGAGUGGGGCCCGAAGAACGCCAACUGCAAACUGAGCCGGUGUCUGCGCAACGAGAAAGGACUCUUCAUCGACCGGAUCUCGUGUGACCGUAUCCGGGACAAGAUUGACCUGCGUCAGGUCAAGGAGCGCCACCUGUACUGUCGUAUCGCCGCCGGCGACCGCCGCCAGCCGUUCCCGGGCUGCUGCGAGCAGCUGGUCUGCAAGAGCCGCGAGGGCGGCCGCAGUCGGCGGCUGACAGCUGACGAGCUGCCGCUCAAACCCGACGAGCUGCCGCACCAGAUCGAGUACAUCGAGUGACCGGUGCACCGGUGACGUCACUAAAUCUGCACCAGUGACGUCAUAUAAAUCACACUUUUGACGUCACAUAUGCACACAGUGCUUUAUGUUUGUACCUGUCGUGUAUUUCUGUAUUCGUAUUGUGCUUACAUCAUGCAAGCGUUAUGUGUGUAUAUGUUUGAUAAUGUUUGAGCAUGGAUGCAUGCCGUACCUAACGACAAAAUAACGGAAACUAUAGGAAAUAUAGGUAUGUGAUAAGGAAGAAAGAAAGACAAACAAUGCAUAAUAAUAGAAGGUUUCGGUUUCCCGAUGGUGUCAUUA